CUUCUCGUUUCUCACUGCAGCACCUCCCUUCUUCAUUCAUUCCCAUUUCCUCCAAACUCUCUCUCUCCCAUGGUGGAACCAAGCAACCGACUGGCCGGAAGAUCCAACGACAGAGCCAAGUAAUCUCACAAAUUAGGGUUUUCUGUUGCUGAAUUGCAAGAAUGCCGCUGGCUAGGUAUCAGAUAAGGAAUGAGUACAGCUUAGCGGAUCCGGAGCUCUACCGAGCUGCCGAUAAAGAUGAUCCAGAAGCUCUCUUGGAAGGCGUCGCCAUGGCUGGCCUCGUCGGCGUCUUGCGCCAGCUCGGCGACCUUGCUCAGUUUGCAGCGGAGGUCUUUCAUGACUUGCAUGAAGAAGUAAUGGCCACUGCUGCAAGAGGCCAUGGUCUUAUGGUUCGGGUUCAGCAGCUGGAGGCUGAAGUUCCUUCGCUUGAAAAGGCAUUUUUGUCCCAGACUCAUCAUUCAUCUUUUUUCUCUAAUGCAGGGAUUGAUUGGCAUCCUAAUCUUCGUUCUGAACAGAAUCUUAUUACCCGAGAAGACUUACCUCGAUUUGUAAUGGAUUCAUAUGAAGACUGUCGUGGCCCUCCAAGAUUGUUCCUCCUGGACAAAUUCGAUGUGGCUGGUGCUGGUGGUUGCUUGAAGCGUUAUACUGACCCAUCAUUCUUUAAAGAGUCAGCUUCCUCUAAAACUACAACUGCUGAAAUUCACAGGGAAAAGAGGAGCCGUAGAGUGAAGAAAAAAGCAGCACGAUUGAGGAAUGGUGAAACCCCUGAAGUUGUCCCAACACAUGCAAAAUUGCAUCAAUUGCUUCUUGAGGAGCGUGUUGAAAAUGCUUAUAGUAAUCCUGCACGUCUUGUCAAGUUGAAGAGAAGACAUUUGAAUAGAUCUGGAGUUGAUGCAGAAAAUGGGAAAAGUUACAUGGAGAAAUUUCUGGAAUCUGCUUCACCAGGUUAUAAGAUGGUUAGAGAAACUUCAAUAGCUCCAAUGCCUAUAAAAUCAGUGUCACAAGAUACUAGUGAAGCAAGGAUUAAAGUACUUGAAAUUAGCAUGGUUAGUCCUGUGAAAAGGUCAUUAGGAAAUGAAAACACACUUUCAUAUUCUAAUGAACCAGAUUCAGAACUAAAACCGUUCUCAGAAACAAAGAUGGAGACCAAUGGAGGUCUUGUGAAGGUGCAUGAACAAAUGCUUGAUAAUGUGACAGAUGAAUUGUCUUAUAAUUAUAAGGAGACACCUGAUGAAACAGAACUGACAGAUGAUGGACAAAAGAAAUUAGAAGCCUGCUUAGAUUGUUACCAUUCUGAUGAUGCCGCAAGUGAGGUCGACAAUUAUGUGGAUGCUCUAACUACGAUGGAUUCGGAGAUGGAAACAGACAAUGAGUAUAGACCUAAGAAUGGCUUCUUGAAUGGUCGAAGGUUAAUAGAUUCUGAUGGCAAAGAACAUCAACUACGAGCUCAUCUUUCAAAUUCUCAAUCAUUUGGGGACUCCUCCAUGUCAGAGGAAAGUAGUUCAUUCAAACAAGAUAGAAGCGAUGAACAUAAUGAACUCCAAGCUCGGUUGUCCGAUUUUCAAUCAAUUGGAACGUCCUCCACAAUGGAGGAAAAUAGUUCAUUCAAAAGAGAUACAGGUGAAGAACAUAUGAUUAUGCAUGCUCAGUUUUCAGAUUCUCAAUCUGUUGGAAACUCAUCUGCAUCAGAAAAAAUUGUCUUGAACCAAAAAGAUACAUCCUGCUUUUCUCAUCCUGAACCUUUCAAUGUCACGGUUGAAGAUAUUAAAUCAGAACGUUUAUCACUCUCAUCUACUAAAUAUUGUGAACAUGAGAUUGAAAAUACACGUUCUGAUCAUCUUCCCCAAAGCGUUGAGUCUCAAAAGCCAGAUUGUAACAAGUUUGUCAAGCAUGAUGAUGCAGAGUUUCAGGAAGAAGAGAUUUCUGAUUCUGGAUGGACCGCCACUGAUUCACCUUCGAUGCAUUCAGCACAUCUAGUUUCAGAUAUUGGAGUCAACUCAUCAGUGAUCCAACCCACAGAGAGUCAAAUUAUUCAAACAUCUGACACAGUUGAGCUUCAUUCGACUUUAGCUGAUACAGACAGUAAGUGUCUGGUUGAACCUAAUGUUGUUGUUGUGCCUAAUGCUGUCUCCACAGUGACGGAUGAUGCUCCUCCUGUGUCUUCUGAAAAAUAUCCGUCAAGCAACUUAGACGAUGGUGAUCCUUGUGUUCAGGCCGGUGAUUCAAUACAGAGCUCAGUUGAUUUGGAAUUGGCACCAGUUAUCAAUUCCCCUGAAGCACAAUCAGUUGAAAGACCAUCUGACCUUGUUGAAAUUCAUUCAAGUUUAGCAGAUGAUGAGGAAAGGAAGUGUCAUGUUGAGUGUAUAGCUGCUGUACCUGAUGCUCUCUCCACAACAAAGAAUGGUGCUGGCCCUGUGUCUUCUUCUGAAGAAUGUCCUUUGAACAAUUUGGAUGAAAGUGAUCCUUAUGCCCCUUGUGAUGCUUCAUUGCCGAUUUCAAACGACUUGGAACUAACACCAGUCAUGCCUACAGAGACGCAGUUAGUUGAAACACCAUCUGAGCCUGUUGAACUUGAAGAUGAUGAACAAAGUAAUUGUCAAGUUGAAUCUAUUUCAGCAACAUCUAAUGCUUUCUCUAUAACCAAGAAUGACACUUGCCCUGGGGAUUCUUUCAAAGAAUAUUCUUUGAACUUGGACAAUGGUGAACUGUAUGUCCAUUCUGAUGCUUCACAACACACUUCUAAUGACCUAAAUUUGGCUCCUGCAGAUGAAUGCAGCAAUCAUUCUAAGAUCGAAAUCUUGCAGGAUGGACUUUCAAAGGAAAACUAUGAUGAAAGUUUGGCUGGUGAAGGGGUCAAUUCACCUCAGGGGCAUUCUCCAUCUAUGGAAGUAGACCUGUAUUCAGGUGCUGCAUUACCAGUUGAUGGUGCCGAGGUCUUAGAUUCAAAAGAUGAGAGUUGUAUUAUAGCUAGCAAACUUGACUGUCAAGAUUCAUCCCCUGCAGUGGAGACUCCACCGUCAAGUAGCUUGGCAAGGGAGCAGUUCUCCUAUUUUACUCAUGAACAUCCUAUAGAUGAACCAGAUUCAGCAGGAGUAGAAGUUUUGUACUCUGAUCGGCUAUCAAAUUCUGAAGAGACAUCGAGGAUGGAUAAUGACAAUGAUAAAAGUGAAUCCACCUGCAGUGUGGAUGCAGUUGAAGAUGAUGGCCAUCUUAAACAACCAUCUUCUCCUGGUUUUGGAGGGAUGGGGAAUGGUGAUGCGUAUAAUGUUUACACUGAGAAAGUUCAAUCAGAAGAUCAAGCUGACAAUUUACUGGAAACUUUCCCAGUUUCUUCAGAUUCUUGUCAGUUAAAAAUGGAAUCCAAUGAAGCUGAAUCAAGUGAAAUUUUCAGAGACAUGAAUGCAGAGAGUACGAAAAAUCAGCUGGAAUCGUCUUCAUAUAUAAUUUCUUCUGAUAUUAUAUCUUCUUCAUUGAGAGAUCCUACAAAUUUGGAAGAAUCUCCUUCAAGUUUUAGUGGUCCACUUGUAAAUGAAAUAUCUAACGAGGAAGUUGCUAGAGAAUCUUUGACGGAAUUGGAGGUGGAGAAGGUUGUGAGUCAAACAGAAGUUGCUUCAGCUGACAUUGGUUUAAAUCUGAACAGAGCAGAAUCUCAUGAUCUUUCUGAUUCAGAAACAUCUAAUAGUGUUCAAGAUGCACCUCUUCAUGUAAAACACCAUCAUAUUUCUUCUGCCAAUGAUUUAUCGAUGGUGCCAGAGUUUUCAGAGCCAGCCACUCAAGAAUUGGAAUCUUCAUCUUGCCAGAAUAGUGCUUUGCCAUUGUCAUCCAAAGACCAGCUGGUAAUGGAAACUCCAGCGCAGUUCUUACAAUCGGGAGCUGGUCAACAAGGAGCAGAUUCUCCUCUCAGAGUUGAAAAUUCUGGCUCAGAGAAAUUUCAAUCUGAGCGUAUGCAUGUAUCUUGUCAACUGGGGCAAGAAAGGAAAUCUCUUGCUGCUGAAUCUGCUGAUGAAAUUCAUCGAGAUCAACCAUCACUGUCCAAUUCCUUAUCACAGCCAGAUGGCCCGGGGUUAAAUGUUGCAAAACAUGUUAUGGAUUCAUUGAAACCUCUUCCGGAUCCCAUUCUACCAGGAUCUGACAUCAAUCUCGGGGAGAUGCCACCUAUGCCCCCUCUACCACCUAUGCAAUGGAGAAGGGGCAAGGUUCAACAUGCUUCGAAGGAAGAAGUUGCAGAAGUUAGUCAGGCCUCGUUCCAACCAAUCCAGGCAAUUAAAACUGAUGACAAAGGUCAAUUUGGUUUGAUAUCUUCAGAGAGAGAGACCUUACAGUAUCAGGAUACAUCUUUACCAGUCAUUGCUGUGGAAGGUGAUAAGAUCCCAUAUCCUUCUGGAUUUUCAGUGGGUGUUUCAGGGCAUCCUGUUGCUGUUCCAUUGCAAUUUCCUUUUAUGGUUAAUGAAGCAAAUGGUCAAUAUAAUUACCUAGUUCUUGAGAGAAGCCAAAUGCAGAACCCAUUCUUAACACUUCCCAUGGUUUCUACUGUCAAGCCUUCACAUGGUUUUGUUCUUGCAUCAGAGAGAGAAAUGGUACAAUAUUCAAACCUGCACCCACCGAUACCACCUGUUGAAUGUGCCUUUUCUGGACACAAUCCUGCCUCUUCUUGGGAGAAACUGGCCCAACCACCAAGUCAGCUGAUAGAAGAGACUACUUCGGAAGCUAAAGAACCUACGCAUUCUGUCAGCAACCUGGAAGGGCAACACGAAGAUCCUUCUGUUACACCCAUGCCACCACCAAGCAUGGAAAUGGUGCAACACAAUCAUAGUCUGCCUCCUUCAGAGGGCGAGAUGGCAUCAUCAUUGGGACACGAUCCUGUUUCUUCUCAGGAAAAGCUGGCCCAACCCCCAAGCCAGCUAAUAGAAGAGACUACUUCAGAAGCUAAAGAACCUACGCAUUCUGUGAGCAAUCUGGAAGGGGAACAAGAAGAUCCUUCUGUUACACCCAUGCUGCCAAGCGUGGAAGUUGUGCAACACAAUCACAGUCUGCCUCCUUUAGAGGGCGAGAUGGCAUCAUCAUUGGAUAUACCUGCUACAACAUCAAUAGAGACUGAGGGUGAAAAGCCGAAUGGAAUAUCAAAAAAUAAGCUUCCCCGUCCACGGAAUCCUCUAAUUGAUGCUGUUGCUGCUCAUGACAAGAGCAAGCUGAGGAAGGUUACUCAACGGUCUAGUCCUGAGACAGCAUCCAAGAUAGAUGAAAGAGAUUCACUGUUAGAACAGAUAAGGACAAAGUCUUUCAAUUUGAAGCCUGCUGUGGCAACCCGGCCCAACGUUCAAGGUCCAAAAACGAACUUGAAAGUUGCUGCCAUUUUGGAGAGAGCAAAUGCAAUUCGCCAGGCUUUGGCUGGAAGUGAUGAUGAAGAUGAUGAUGACGAUAGUUGGGGUGAUUCUUGAACUUACAAAGGAAGGUGUUCGCAUCUGAUGAAUGUCUUGCCACCAUGAUUGUUGCCUUGAUUCACCAGACGUCAAAUCCUCACCUGUAAUAAGUAGGAAACCUCCCGAGUAUACGAGAUUCUUUAUCUUGAUCUAUGUUCAUACAUGAUAAGCGGCCCCUCCCUCUUGACACAAGGAUGUAUGAACAUUAGUGCAAGCUUGCGGUUUAGGACUGAUCCAGAUCCAGUUUCCAGGGGUGAAAAUGACUUCACCAUAAAGUGCAGAGUCAGGUUCGGCGUGCAAGCGCUGCGCCAGUCUCUCGAUAUAUUUUUCAUGUAAGCAUGUGAAUAUUUGUGUCGUGGGUAGCAUAAUUUUUUUAGUCCCAUAUAUUUCCAAUUUUGCAAUGCUGUAAUGUGCCUUUUGCCCCAUUUAUCAUGCACUUCAUAAUCAUUUGUAACUUUCCUCAGUACCGUAAUAUAUAUAGUAAAAUCAUGUUCAUGUACAGUUGUCAGUAGUGCGUAUGCUUCCUGAUUGCUCUCGGUGGCAACUAUUCUGUUGUAUACGUAGCAAGGUAAUUGUAAACUAAACUUGGCCUCAGAAGAUAAAUGUUUGAUUACAGUUUUAGCUUCCAUGUUUCAUUAAAGUUCCUGCCUUAA